AUGAGCGGAGUUGCCAGGCGAGACAGGAACUUCAUUCUUCUUCUCUGUGUCAGGAUCGCAGAAAUUAUGCCCCUUCUCGCACCAUGAGCUGGCUCUCCAGUUCCCAGGGAGUUGUGCUAACUGCCUACCACCCCAGCGGCGCGGACCAGGCCGUGGGGGACAGCCACGCAAAGGGAGGUGAGGAAGCCACCUCGAGCCGCAGAUAUGGCCAGUACAAUAUGAAUCAGGAAAGCUCUACCAAGGUUAUGGAGAAGCCUCCAUUUGAUCGGUCAAGUUCCCAGGACUCUUUGGAUGAACUAUCUAUGGAAGACUAUUGGACAGAACUAGAAAAUAUCAAGAAAUCUAGUGAAAACAGACAAGAUCAAGAUGUGGUGGUUGUCAAAGAGCCUGAUGAGGGAGAAUUGGAAGAAGAAUGGCUUAAAGAGGCUGGUUUGUCCAAUCUCUUUGGAGAGUCUGCUGGAGAUCCCCAAGAGAGCAUGGUGUUUUUAUCAACAUUGACCCGGACCCAGGCAGCAGCUGUUCAGAAACGGGUAGAGACCGUCUCCCAGACCUUGAGGAAAAAAAACAAACAAUACCAGAUUCCUGACGUCAGAGACAUAUUUGCUCAACAGAGCGAGUCAAAAGAAAAAGUUCCAGAUGGCACUGAAUCGCAGUCAGACAGAACAAAUGAAAACAAAUACCAAGGAAAAGAUGACCAGGCAUCUAGCCCUGUCGGUGAAAAGGAACUGAUCCUACCUAUGCCUGAGGAAGCACCUGCCUCUGAAACAGACAUCAACCUGGAGGUAUCAUUUGCUGAGCAAGCAGUCAACCAGAAAGAGAGCUGCAAGGAUAGGACCCAGAAGGGCAAAGGCGACAAUGCCUCAUCAACUCAUUUCAGAUUGCCAAAAGACAAAACGGGCACCACAAGGAUUGGUGACCUUGCACCCCAGGACAUGAAGAAGGUUUGCCAUUUAGCUCUAAUUGAGCUGACUGCCCUCUAUGAUGUGUUGGGUAUUGAAUUGAAACAACAAAAAGCUGUGAAAGUCAAAACAAAAGAUUCUGGUCUUUUUUGUGUUCCACUGACAGUAUUGUUAGAACAAGAUCAGAAGAAAGUACCUGGAACUCGAAUACCCUUGAUCUUUCAAAAGCUGAUUUCUCGAAUUGAAGAGGGAGGGUUGGGAACCGAAGGUCUCUUACGUAUACCUGGAGCUGCCAUCAGAAUCAAGAAUCUUUGCCAAGAACUAGAAGCAAAAUUUUAUGAAGGGACUUUUAAUUGGGAAAGUGUCAAACAGCAUGACGCGGCCAGCCUGCUGAAGCUCUUCAUCCGGGAGCUGCCCCAGCCACUGCUCAGCGUAGAGUAUCUCAAAGCUUUUCAGGCUGUCCAGAAUCUUCCAACUAAGAAACAACAACUACAGGCUUUGAACCUUCUUGUUAUACUCCUACCUGAUGCAAACCGGGACACACUGAAGGCCUUGCUUGAAUUUCUCCAGAGAGUAAUAGAUAAUAAGGAGAAAAAUAAAAUGACAGUCAUGAAUGUCGCAAUGGUCAUGGCCCCGAAUCUCUUUAUGUGUCAUACACUGGGUUUGAAGUCCGGCGAACAGCGAGAAUUUGUAAUGGCAGCUGGGACAGCAAAUAUCAUGCAUUUACUGAUUAAGUAUCAAAAACUUCUGUGGACCAUUCCCAAGUUUAUUGUAAACCAAGUGAGGAAGCAAAACACUGAAAAUCAUAAAAAAGAUAAAAAAGCCAUGAAGAAAUUGCUGAAGAAAAUGGCUUAUGACCGAGAAAAACAUGAAAAGCAAGAUAAGAAUACAAAUGAUGCUGACGUUCCUCAGGGAGUGAUUCGAGUGCAAGCUCCCCAUCUUUCGAAAGUUUCCAUGGCAAUACAGCUAACUGAAGAACUAAAAGCCAGCGAUGUGCUUGCCAGGUUUCUCAGCCAGGAAAGUGGGGUUGCCCAGACUCUCAAGAAAGGGGAAGUUUUUCUGUAUGAAAUUGGAGGAAAUAUUGGGGAACGCUGCCUCGAUGAUGACACUUACAUGAAGGACUUAUAUCAGCUCAACCCAAAUGCGGAGUGGGUUAUAAAGUCAAAGCCAUUGUAAAGACUUAACAAGCUGCAGAUAACCACGAGGACUUCUGUAGUAAUUCUUGCUGGGUCAAGAGUGUAAAUAAAAGAAAUAGCAGGACUCCUAUCAUUCAGCUGUACCCAAUUAUUACAGAGUGACACUUUUAAGCCUUAAAAACUUAUAGAUUUGUGCUGCUGCCAGAAUUAUAAUAAUUAUUAUUAAUAUUAUUAUUAAAAACAAAUAUUUCUAAAGCAAGAGGAAAGGGGCCUAAUUAGCCUGUGAGCUGUUUUCAUAUACUCUGUGAAUUGUGUCCAGAUGUGAUAUAGUUUUUUUUAUAUGAAAGUAUACUCUUUUUCUACUCCCUUUUUCCCCUAAAGUCAUAUAUACUGGAAUAUAUACUUUCUCACCGUUCUUACCUCCUCACAUCUGCCUCCCCCCGACUAGGUUUGUUUCUUAACCAAAAAGAUAACAAAUACCAGGUGUGGCAAGUUGUGAAAACAGCACAUAUUAAACCAGACCUAAUUCAGCAGUAUUCCUGCCCCUGUGGAAUGUUAGUAUUCAUCUCUUUGAAUCAUUUGUUCAAACAAUAAUAUCCUCCUCCUCCUUGCUGUACCCCCAUGAGGUGAUUUGCAUUCUUUUCAGUUCAUCUGACAUAUGUGCACAGAACUGUAUCCACGAUCAAGAAAAUAGAACUGUCGGAAGCUGCCAAUUAUUACCGAACCAUUGAAUACUUAUAUGCUAAGAAUAAAUAAAAUAUACCCAUGUGGAUUAACUGGAUUAUGGAUAACAAGAGAGUGAAAGCCAAAUCAUUUUGUGUAUGCUGUUCUCUUCCAAAUGGAAUUUAAAAAGUCAUAGCUGGCUUUACCUAUUGUCAUAUUAGCAUCAUACAUAUGCAUGAUAGUAUAAUCUAGUAAUGGUUGGAGAACAUAUUCUACUUAAAGAGCGUUUUUUUUUUUUUUUUUUAACUCCUGAAUAAGUCUACUGGAAGGGUUAUUCUGAGUAUGACACAGUCAUGUGAACAAGCUUUUGUUUGUGCACCUAUUUUAAAUAAUCCAAGUAAAUUUAUUAAAAUGUUGUGGAAAGUACUAUUCCCAGGGAUUUUAAUGCACAAACUAUAUUGUGACAAGAGGUGAGCUCUGUACUGUAAAUAAGAGAAAUGAAGUGAGAGAGAAGUGUUAAAUAUUUUUGGAGUUUAGAGAGUAGUAAAUAGAAGGUGAUGUAAAUGUGUGCUGCACAAACUGCGUUUAUGACACUUUUAGUAAUACUUUAGGAAAAAUUACACCUUCUGAGAAGCUCUUGAUGUCACUCUAUUCAGGAGGGAAAAUGCUGUUAAUGAGAACAGUCAAAUUUUUUAGUGUAUGAUUACGAGAGCAGCCUCUGGAUAUCAUAACAAAUAAUUGAGUGGUGAUUCGUGCCAUUGCUUUUUUAUUUAAAAAUAAAUUUUAUAAUUAAAUGGUUUUUUUCUAAAUUAUCUUCUCUUGGAAUUAUUACUUUUAAUCCUAUUUGUUUAUGAGCUAACUUUGCUUUUCUUCAUUCUUUUUUUAAUUAAUAUUAUUUUAAAUCAACAAAUGGACUAUUUUUGUUAAAAGUCACUGCUACUAUUUUAUUGCUCCUGCUGCUCCUGCAUUGAUCCCUAAAGUGGGAAGGCCUGUGAGAGAUACACACUUGUUUCCUUUCAAAGUUUUUCCUUAUGCAAAUUUAUAUUCUUUAGGACUUUCAAAACACAUUGUUUAUACUGUUUCUGAUUUUGACAGUAUGUCAUUAUUUCCCAGUUAGCAAAAUAAUAUUUUAUUAAUGGUUUGAUGAAACAAUUAACAGUGUAAAUGAAAAAUUAAGUGCUUGAGACAUUUUAGGGGUGCAUAACUUCAACAAAAGACAGGAGUGAAUAUAAUGAUUUAAAUAAAUGGCUUUCUAAAAGCA